AGAAACACAGAGGCAGCAAAAAUUGUGAAACAAGUAGGUGGUGAUGGUGGUGGUUUUAGAAAUCACACUUGCUGCAUUGAAAAUUUUGAAAACAUUUGGAGACAUCUCAAAACGACUCAACUUAAGGCAGCGUUUGCAGUGUAAAAAUUUUACCUGGUAUCUGAAUAAUGUUUAUCCAGAAGUAUAUGUUCCAGACCUAAAUCCUUUGUUUUCUGGAUAUCUAAAAAAUAUAGGUAACCACAUGUGUCUGGAUGUUGGUGAAAACAACCAUGGUGGCAAACCAUUGAUUAUGUAUUCUUGUCAUGGACUUGGAGGAAAUCAGUACUUUGAGUAUUCUGCACACCAUGAAAUUCGUCAUAACAUUCAGAAGGAGCUUUGUCUGCAUGCUUCUAAAGGACCUGUGCAGCUUCGUGAAUGUAGCUACAAAGGCCAGAAAAUCUUUGCCUUUGGAGAAGAGCAAUGGCAGCAUCAAAAGGAUCAAACUCUGUACAGUGCAGCACUACAUAUGUGCCUUACAGGAAAUGGAGAGCAUCCAAGUUUGGUUUCCUGCAACCCAUCAGACCCCUUCCAGAAGUGGAUCUUUGGCCACAACAAUUAAGAUUUGCUUUCUAUAGACAGGAGCAUUUUAUUAAAAGAGCAGUUCCAUUUCUAAACAGAGACCAUAUAUGUAUACUGUGUUUUAAAGGGAUGCAUACUUAAAUGCAAAAUUUUUAUUCCUUUUCUUUACUGUGUGAAUUGGAUAUAAAAUGUGUAGUCAGAGAUUCCCUAGGAGUCUAUUACACCAAAGAAUGUUUGAGGUCCCAAUUAAAGAAAAUGUUUACAAUAUUUGCAUGAUAAGACUGUGUGUUAACCAUUGAUUCAUAGAUCCUGUAGUCCCUUUUCACCUUGGGGGCCAUGUGUAUUUCGGUUUACCACAUAUUGUAAGUACUUCUGAAGACUACUAGAUUAAUUUGUAGAGUUACAAGGAAGAAUUGUAUACCAUCUGAAAGAAAAGGUUGUGUGUGUGUGUGUGCGCGCGCGUGUGUGUGUUCGUGCUCAAUUGAUUGACUUCAUGUAAUUUUAAUUGUUUAUUUCACUAAGUGAAACUUUUCUCACUAUUUUUUUUUUAAACUCCCUCAUUUGAAAAAGAACCAAAGAGGCUACCAUACUGUGCUGUUGUGCCUCUAGCAAAGCAACCCCUUUGUUGUAGAAGAAAAAAUAAUUCUCACUGAAAUAUGUUAUUUAUAUGUAAUUAUUUAAAUGAGAAACCUGCCUACUUUGAUAUUAAUCUCCUUUUGUUUAGCCAAAACUGUAGGGUUUUUUUAUGAUGUCAUGAAGUUUAAAAUUCAUGGCAGUUACACUGUUAGACAUUUUCAGCUUUUUGUUACUGCUUUUAAAUUACUAAUGUGUUUUUUCAGCUUUUAGUGAUUUAUGCAGCAUUUACCUAACAUGUUUCUAAUAUUAUUUGUACAUAAUUUCCUGUGCAAACACCUAAAUAUUGAUUUUUUUUUUUAAAUUUAUUUUUUGAUGUUUCUUCUUUUUGAAGGACUGACCUCAGUUUUAACAGUGAGAAUUUGGCUUUCCAAACUGUUUUGCUAGCAAUUUUAAUGAAAUAGUGUAUUCUUGUAAGGAUUCAAAAAUGUACUUUAAUAGAUGAUGUAGAGCUAUGACUUCCAAAAUAGCCUUCCUCUGAUUAAGAAUUUUAAUAAUAUUUAUUUCUUUGGUUCUUAUACUGGAUGCACACUUGUUAAGCACUACUCUGUUAGCCUUCAUUCUGUUUGCCAAUCAUGCCCUGUUUUUUCUGACUGUGACUAUUGCAGGCCUUCUUUAGUGACAGUAACUCUACAAAAAUGUCCUUUUAAGGAACAGAGAUUUACUCUCACUUAGAAAUGUUUACUUCAGGGUGUGAAUGUGAGAUUAAUGAUCACCCCAAUUUAAAGCAUGUAAGACCACAUAAAAAUUGCACUUUAACAAGGUAAACUAUUUCGUAAUAAACUUCGUACUCUGAUUUGGAGAAGACUUAGCUGGUUGAUUUGAAUUGCAAAGAUUUUAAAGUAACCUUUAAUUUGCAUGUUUUAUGAUGUGGGGGGAAAAAUUUAUAAAAUUAAAAUAAUAAAUUUGUAGUAAGGCAGCAGCAGAAUAAAUAUGAGGGAAAUACUUAAAUGUAAUCUGAAAGUGCCAGUGCUGUUACUUAGUAGGUAUGGGAAGCAUCAAAGGUAGAAAGGUUCUUAGGCUUUACAGCUUAUCAAAAGAAUUGCAUUGAACAGCUGUAUUCAGAUGGAAGAGAAUAGGAGGUUUAAUAGCAACCAGUUUAAUAAUGAACUCCUUAAUGAUGUGAAUCACAAGAAACAUGCACAUAAGAAAGUGAAACAAAAAGAUCAGGCCUGGUAAUAUAAUAUUUUAGGAAGUACUUAGUAUUUCCCUCAAGAACUACAAUGAUAAGGCAAGGGAGAUUAAGGAAAAGAUCAUGGUUGCUGCAGGGAAAAAAAAAGUAUUUGGCUGCUAGAUCAAAUACAGAGCUGAGACUAAUAACAAAGGAGGGAAUAUUAAAUAGGACAAAAUACAUAAAUUUCAGAUAUUUCCUGGUAAAUAACAAAUAUCAUUAGGAGAAGUGCUUAUUUAUCUGUAGGAUCUGGUUAAUGGAUGGAUAUGGUGUGUUGUUGUUGUUAUUUUCUAGUGGGGAAAGGGAAGCCUGCCUUUGCUUAAUUUCAGAAUAUUGGAAAAAUGAGUUCAGCGUCUGAAGAAAGCAAGAAGAAAUGCUUUUCUCCUGAAGGUUUACAACAGAAAACAGUUGGGGAUUAUUGAGCAGCUGACUCAUGACUGUUUUUAACUAUGUCUAAUUUCUUGAGCAAAAGCAAUUAGCAGAUUUGUAAACAGCAGUGGAAGGCACCAAGUAAAUUUUUUCUUCUAUUCCAUGUUAAGAUCUGAAAUCGAGUAUUGUGUCUAUAUUAAGCACUGCACUUCCAAAUGAAUGUGUGUGUGUGUAUAUAUAUAUAGAUAUCAUACAAUUUUAUAAGAGCAAUUAAAGAUCUGUUAUAAUGUGUUUGGAGAUAUAGAUUUUUUUAAAUUAAUUACAAUAUUUUUGAAAUUACAUGUUUUUAAAAAGUAGUAACAAAGCAUUAGUAAAAAAUAAAAUAAAGCAUUUAUGUAUUAUUGUACAUCAUCUCUGUCCUUCUUCAGCACUGGUCUUCAAUCUUUCCUGAAAAGUUGAACUUCUUUGCUUUUGGU